CUUUUUUUCGGUGGUUAUAAAUUGACAAAUCUAGUUUGAGGAGUAGUUCUGAUAGUUUAUCUCAUAUAGAUUAUUACGGAGAUGAAACUCUUUUUGCUACUCUCCACUUUUUUAGUCAGUGCACUGACAGCAAAUAUGCCUGCACGUUUCAAAAAGUGUAAUUACAAAGAUAAUGUAUGUUUGAAGGAUUCACUACAAGAUGCCUUAGGAAAAAUUUCGAAAGGUGUGCCUGAACUUAAAGUCCCUUCGAUCGAUCCACUCGUAGUACCGGAGCUUGUCGUACCAGCAGGAAGCGGUAUUAUUAAAUGUGUACAACACUACAAAAACUUAAGUCUUCUUGGAAUUUGCAGUCAUAAAGUUGCCAAUUUCACUUUUGAUUUGGAAAAAGGAAAACUACAGUUGGAUGCAACAUUCGAAAAAAUUAGUAUGGAGGGUAUAUAUCAAAUCAAUGGGAACGUCCUUGUUUUACCUGUGGAAGGAAAUGGACUAUUUUCUAUCAGAGGAGAAAAGGGAACCACAACACUGUCGAUGGAUUUCGACACUGUUUCAGACAAAAAUGAGAAGCAUAUAAAAGUGAAGAAAAUAUCGCUUAUCCUGAGACCAAGCCACCUCACCUUACAAUUUGACAAUUUAUUCAAUGGAAAUAAAAUGCUAGGGGACAACAUCAACAAAGUUUUGAACGACAACUGGAAAGACAUAUUCAAUGAAUUGGGGCCUUCAUAUUUCGAGGCUUUUGCUCAAAUAAUCAAAAAUAGCUCGCAAAUCUUUUUUGAUGCUGUGCCAGUUUCAGAGUUGUUUCUGGAUAGAUCUUAAAAUGUUUUCUAAGAAAUGAAUUGAUGAUUAAUUAACUACCCCUCUUGAAUAAAUAAACGAACAUGUCUUUGAAA